AUGUCUAGACCCUCUUACACUUCACAAAAUUCAUGGUCAGAUGUUGAACAAUUACGUGCAGAAGAAAUUGAUGAAAUAACACAUGGUUUUUAUCAAUUUGAUUAUGAUCAUCAAGGAUUAAUAACACCCGAAAAAAUAAAAAGUUCUCUUGAACGUGCUGGUAUCGACUAUGAUGAUCGAGAAGUUAAUCGAGUAUUUCAUAAUAUGGACGUUCAUAAUCGUGGACAAGUGACUUAUCAAGAUUAUCUUAAAUCGAUGGCACAUGUUUACGCGAAUCCAGAUCUUCAACAUCAACAUGAAGAUCACAAUGGUUAUUUUCGUGGUCAACAAUAUUACGAUGAUGACGAUUAUUAUUCUCGUAAUAAUUAUCAACACGAUGAUUUACAAUAUCAAUCACGACGAGAUAGAAAUAAUUAUGAACAUAAUUCUUACAGAUCUCCAAAAUCUUCAUUUCAUCAAUCAACAUUCAAUCGACAUCAAUCUUAUCCAGAGCGAGAAAAUCAUUUUAACAAUAAUCAUCAUUCACGUCAUUAUAAUUCAUCGUCGGAUGAUCCUUAUUGGCAAAAUUUUUCACGAUCAAAUCAGCAACGAUGGCCAUCUCGACACUCAUCACAGUCAUACUGGUAA